GUAGUAUAUCUAGCUAAUCACUCAUCAUAUAUGGAGGCUGCAAAUUUUCAUCACCAUCAACAAGGAGAUCUUCAUCUUGUGGACUCUUCUUUUUCUUGGUCCCAAAAUUCCAACUUGCACGGAUCGGAUAACAGCUUAAACUCAUCAAACAACAACAUAAACAGUACUUCCAUGGUUCAAGACUUUGGAUUUCCUUACAACGGUAUGGGGUAUCCGAUAGAGAACUUUGUGACGCAUGAGUUACAACGUCUGGCACGAGUCAAGGACGAGUUUUCAGUUGCAGAAUCAUAUCCAAAGUUCUUAGAGCUAUUAAACUGCAGCCCAACUUCGAGCGUUGAAGAUUUACCGUUAAAUCCUUAUAACUCUAGUAACUACAUGAAGAAUCAUGAUCAUGAUCAUCAUCCACAAAUUAGCUACCCAAAUAAUAAUAAUAGUAAUAAUCAAAAUUUCUUGCUAGCAAGUAUCUCCAAUGGAUUCCAGAUGAAAGGUGGCCAGCUUAUAAACAAUAAUCAUCAAGAUUGUUCUAAUAUUGGAACAUUUAGUCAGAUCUUUCCAACUACAACUAUUCCAAGCUUGAUCAGCCAAUCCACUACAUCCUCGUCUUCGUCAUCGUCUUCGGCGAUUUCUUGUAGCUCUUUCGAUAUUAACUGCUUGCCAGCUUUGGACCACUUUGGCUCUCCAAGAUUUGACAGGAGUUUUAGCCAUCAUUCGUCGCUAAAUGCCCCUAAUAUUGGCGGUCCUCCUUACCGAUUUGAUCAUUUGCAUCAACCGAAUCACCGGCCAUCAGUUUGCACUAGCAAGAUAUCAUCAGUAGUAGUCUCCACUACCACUAAAAGCAGCACAGAUCAAUCAGCAAAGAGGCCAGCUAGUAACUAUAUCGACGUAAAGCCAACUCAAACUACUGUUGCACCAAAGAAAACAAAAUCCGAACCUCGUUCUGCUUCUGCACCCUUUCAGGUCCGGAAAGAGAAAUUAGGGGACAGAAUUGCAGCUAUCCAGCAGCUGGUGGCACCUUUUGGCAAAACUGAUACAGCAUCGGUAUUAAUGGAGGCUAUUGGAUACAUAAAAUUUCUUCAAACUCAAGUUGAGACACUUAGCGUGCCAUACAUGAAGUCGACCGAUCAUGAGAUUGGUGGAAUAUCAUCGGAAGGGGGUCGGAUGAACGAUGGAAGUAGAGAGGCAAAGAGAGACCUUAGAAGUCGAGGAUUGUGCUUGGUACCACUAUCAUGCUUGUCGUAUGUUACAGAUGGAGGCGAAGGCAUUUGGUCGUCUUCCUAGCUAUUCAACUAAUUAACAUGAUCAUAUAUAUUAUCACUCUUUAAUUAGAAUGCAUGCUCUUUUCAAUUUCUCAAGUCUAGCUAGCUAGCUAGCUAGCUAGCUUUGUGAACAAAUAUGUCGUUAUAAGCUAAGUGUGUUUGAACUCACCCCUCAUGAACAAUUAAUACGUCUGAAGUGAGUUCAAAUCCCCUUAUCUUUAAUUUCAUCUUCUUUUUAAUUAGUAUCUCACAUUUUCACAAUAAAUGGAGCAAAUCUGGUCGAUCAGCUUGUAGAAAAUUUUAUCAAGUAUGGACCACGCUUGAUCCAUUUGUGAAUUAAUGUAAUAUUUUUCUUAUUAUGGUUGAAUUGAUCUGAUCAUAUUUGGACUAAUUAAUUACUAAGGUAA